GCGUCCCUCAGGGGCAGCCCUGACCGCUCUCAGGCCCCCAUGCAGGCCCCGCCCCGCACGGGCUCCUGCGGAAUCUCGCGAAGUUUGAGACCGCUUGGCCGGAUCAGGCGACUGCAAUAUGGCGGAGGCGGAAGGGGAGAGCCUGGAGUCCUGGCUGAAUAAAGCUACCAAUCCUUCCAACCGCCAGGAGGACUGGGAAUAUAUAAUUGGCUUCUGUGAUCAGAUCAACAAAGAACUUGAAGGGCCCCAGAUUGCUGUCCGACUCCUGGCCCACAAGAUCCAGUCUCCACAGGAAUGGGAGGCGGUGCAGGCCCUCACAGUGCUGGAGGCGUGUAUGAAGAACUGUGGGAGGAGAUUUCAUAAUGAAGUAGGAAAGUUCCGGUUUUUGAAUGAGUUAAUCAAAGUUGUUUCUCCAAAGUACUUGGGAGACAGAGUGUCUGAGAAGGUGAAGACAAAGGUCAUCGAGCUGCUUUAUAGCUGGACACUGGCCCUUCCAGAAGAGGCAAAGAUCAAAGACGCCUACCACAUGCUGAAGAGACAAGGCAUAGUACAGUCGGACCCUCCCAUCCCCAUGGAUAGAACACUGAUCCCCUCUCCCCCACCUCGUCCCAAAAACCCUGUUUUUGAUGAUGAGGAGAAAUCCAAGCUUUUAGCCAAGCUUCUGAAAAGCAAGAACCCAGAUGACCUGCAGGAAGCCAACAAGCUCAUCAAGUCCAUGGUGAAGGAAGAUGAAGCGCGUAUCCAGAAGGUGACCAAGCGCCUACACACAUUGGAGGAGGUUAACAACAACGUGAAGCUGCUCCACGAGAUGCUGCUUCACUAUAGCCAGGAAUGCUCGUCAGAGGCUGACAAAGAGCUCAUGAAGGAGUUGUUUGAUCGGUGUGAGAACAAGAGACGGACAUUAUUUAAACUAGCCAGUGAGACAGAGGAUAACGACAACAGUUUGGGGGACAUCCUGCAGGCCAGUGACAACCUUUCUCGGGUCAUAAACUCUUAUAAAACCAUUAUUGAAGGACAGGUCAUCAAUGGCGAGGUGACCACCUCAACCAUGCCUGACUCUGAAGGAAACAGUCACUCCAGUAACCAAGGCACCCUCAUCGACCUUGCUGAGUUGGACACACCCAGCAACUCAUCCCCAGUGCUGGCCCCAGCACCCACCCCACCCUCCUCAGGCAUCCCUAUCCUCCCUCCACCCCCCCAGACCUCCGGACCUCCACGCAGCUGUUCGUCCAGCCAGGCUGAGGCUCCCCUGGGGCCCAACAGUGCGAGCAAUGCCCUCUCCUUGCUAGAUGAGGAGCUGCUCUGCUUGGGCCUCACUGACCCUGCCCCCGCUGCUCCUCCCAAAGAGUCAACUGGAAAUAGCCAUUGGCACCUGUUCCAGAAUGAACCACCAGACCUAGACGUCUUCAGCUCCAGGCCCAGGCCUGCUGCUUGCUGCCCCUCAGAUGGAUCCCUGCUCCCAUCCUCUGCUUCUGCAUCAAAUACCUCCCAAGCGCCACUGCUCCCUCCCUUCUCUGCUCCUGUGGUCCCAACCAGUGCACCAGCCCCCAGCACUGACUCCAUGUUCUCUUCUGGACUUGCCCUGACUUUGGGUCCAAAGGCUGAGCCUGCAGCCCCAGAAUGCCACAGCUCAACCCCAAACGACAGCACCUUACACCACCGAGAUGUUCUUGAUCAGCUUCUGGAAGAGGCUAAAGUGACCUCCAGCUUGGUGAAACCUGUCUCUUGCUUCUCUGGGCCUGCUGCCUCUCCCCUGCUCCCCACUUCUACUUCAGCUAGGCCUCUUCUGCCCUUCUCCACUGGGCCUGGAAGCCCUCUCUUCCAGUCACCAGCCUUCCAGUCCCAAGGCAGCCCUGUGAAGGGGCCUGAGCUCUCCCUGACCAGUGUGCAUGUACCUCUGGAAUCAAUCAAGCCUAGCAGUGCCCUCCCUGUGACAGCCUAUGAUAAAAAUGGCUUCCGCAUCCUUUUCCACUUUGCCAAGGAGUGUCCACCAGGACGGCCCGACGUACUGGUGGUGGUGGUGUCCAUGCUGAAUACGGCUCCCUUACCAGUCAAGAGCAUCGUGCUGCAGGCUGCAGUGCCCAAGUCAAUGAAAGUGAAGUUGCAGCCACCCUCUGGAACAGAACUCUCUCCAUUUAGUCCUAUCCAGCCACCUGCAGCCAUCACCCAGGUCAUGCUGCUGGCCAAUCCAAUGAAGGAGAAGGUGCGGCUUCGGUAUAAGCUGACCUUUGCCCUGGGGGAGCAGCUGAGCACAGAACUGGGUGAAGUGGACCAGUUUCCUCCAGUGGAACAGUGGGGAAAUCUAUGACCCCAAAGGAUGCUGUGAUCUCCCCUUGGAAGACAGGCAGCCCUAAGACAGAGAAGCUUUGGUCCAGUCAUUGUACAUCCUGGACAGUAUUUAUAGCUUUGAUGUGGACCAGAGCCCUGGGCAUUUCUGUUGGGAGCCAAGCUGCUGUGAUAAUCUCCUUGGGCCCCUAAAAGGACCUGUUUUAUCUACCUGUGUAACUUGAAGUGGCCAUACCUUGGGUGCGGGGUGGCCCAGGGCUUCACUGGCUGCCCUGAGUUGGUAGACUCCCAAAGCUAGAGUAGGUAUUUGCUUUUUACUGGCAUUCCCUGAUAUCUGAGGGGGCUGCUCUCAAGAGGGCCUCUCAAGCCCACUCAAGAACUGAGACUGUAGCUUCCUUGGCUAGCCCAUGCUUCCUUGCUGGCAGGUACUGCUGCUACCUGAAGUGGGCAGUCAGUGACCCAGAGUGAGAAGUUAGAGUACUGUAGAGUCCUGGCCCCACUUUCUGCAGGAGCAGCAUCCUUAAGUGGCUACUGAGUGAGUGCUGUGCUUGUUCUGGCAGUUGCAGGCUAUGUCCUAUGGACAUGUCAGCAGGACAGGAAACAGCCUAGCAGAAAAAGCCUGAGAGCCUCAGCUAGGGAUAGGAAGGAAAAUGGAAAAGAGCCAGUGUUUCCUUUCAGAAGCAGGUACUGGAGCUUUCUGGGAAAAGCUGCCUCCUGCUGUGGGAUAGGCCAUCCUACUCACUACCUCUUGCUUGGCAUAAAAUAAACUGCUGUUCUUCCCUUAAGUCUUUAAAGGAAGAUGAUCUCCCAACACACUGCUUCCUUCUGCUUUGGCUGCCCUCCCUCCUGCCACAUGGAGUGUGGUGUGGCACCUAUGGUUGGACCCAGGAAGUCUCAGGGUCAUGUUCAUUGCACUAGACUUGAUGCCCUUUUGUGCUAUGCCGAACACUCACUGUCCCCCAGCUUCAGGGAGACUCUGUCGCAAUAUGUUGGGUCUGGAGAUGAUGAGAUGAGGGUCUACGCUUGAACUGAGUUGCCAGACCCUAUUGCUUCAACAGUGCUCAGCCUCAGCUAGCAUGGCUCAGCUGCUUCAGGCCAGGAACUCUUAAGCUUCGAGGCAACAGGAAACUGAUCUGCCAAAGAAGCUGGGGAGGGGGCAACCAGCUGAGUUGAACAGGCCCAGCUGCCUGCCACGUCUGAGGGAAGGUGGCACAAACUACCCUUUCCCCCUAUACCUUGAGAGUAUACUUGCUCUCUUGUCCAUUCUUCUGACCCACCUUCCCCUACUGUCCUUAGCUAGCAGGUUUCACUGCUUCCUCGGGACAGGACAGAAGCAAAUCAUUUUUACUGCUAAAGUGGUUAAACCUAAGGGCUUUCCAGAAACUGGUUCCUUAAGCCCUGGACUAUCUAUGUGACUGUCUUGCUCGGUACCGCUGAGGCCACUGCUUCAUGGUAAACAACUGUACUGGAUGUAUCGACUCCUGCCCUUGUCUUGCUGCUGCUGCAUGUGAAAUAAAACCAUUUUCACCCUG